GAGUCAAAGAGAGACAGAGGAGAGAUCAUCAGAGCGUGGAACAGGUUCUUUCUGGAGCCCUCUCACUCAGCCUCAGCAGACAUGCCUAACUUUGCUGGCACCUGGAAGAUGAAGAAGAGCGAGAAUUUUGAUGAACUUCUCAAAGCUCUAGGAGUGAACGCCAUGCUGAGGAAGGUGGCCGUGGCAGCGGCCUCCAACCCUCAUGUGGAGAUCCGUCAGGACGGGGAGCAGUUCUACAUCAAAACCUCCACCAGUGUGCGCACCACUGAAAUCAACUUCCACAUCGGUGAAGAGUUUGACGAGGAGACGGUGGAUGGACGGAAAUGCAAGAGCCUCGCCACCUGGGAGUCAGAGAACAAAAUUCACUGUCAGCAGACUCUGGUGGAUGGUGACGGCCCCAAGACCUUCUGGACCCGAGAGCUGAAUGGAGAUGAGCUCACACUGAUUUUUGGUGCGGAUGACGUAGUGUGCACAAGGAUUUAUGUCCGGGAGUGAAGCGCUACGACCUUCAUCAGACCGAGGCAGACGCCCAUUUGGGCCACAGCUCAUUUAAACCCAACAACACAUCAUGCUAACAUGCUAACGCAUUUGCGACGUAUCCUGUAUUAUCUCUCAGCAUCAGCCUGCUUAGUACCCCAUAGCGAUGUCUCUGUAAUCUGGUUAUUAAUAGUGAAUAUUGUGUCAGCAGUACAGUAGCUGGGUAUCUCCAUAUCCAUACGUACAAUCCCGGUGUCGGCUGUUUAAGUAGGAGUUAGUCAUCAGUUGCAUCGAUUAAAUGUUCAUGUUCAAUGAGAACACACAAUAAAAAA